AGCUUAAACUAGUGUAGUGUAGAGAAUUUCUUAAGUUAAAUAUAGUGCGAGCAGAUAUCCUGAGGAGACAAUAGAUUUCUAACAUAAGAAUAAAAAAAUAAAUAAAAUAUUUACUUAUAAAUAUAGUUAAGACAUCAGGGGUAGGGAAGGAAUGUAUGGUUGUUGGAGAUCAGCUUUUUCAGUGGUGAAAUUUUUAAUUCUGUGUAGUUAGCCUGACCCUGUUACCUAGCAAGGAAAAAUUUGUUAAAAGUUGCUGUGAUGUUGGUGAAAGAUGGCAAGAAACAUAACAAAUUCGCUUUUAAAUAUUUACUUUCGUCGGCAUCAGCUGUUGUGGCCGAAACAGUUACUUAUCCUCUUGACUUGACAAAAACAAGGCUUCAAAUCCAAGGAGAACUAGCAUCAAAAUCAUCUAAUGGCAAAGCUAAUCCAUAUCGUGGAAUGAUCAAGACAGCCGUUGGAAUAGCUAAAGAAGAGGGCUUUCACAAACUAUGGCAAGGAGUGACACCUGCACUUGUAAGACACAUAGUUUAUACUGGAUGUCGAAUGACUUUCUAUGAAAUUCUCAGAGACAAUGUCUUCCAUAAAAAUCCUGAUGGAGUGCUUCCUGUAUGGAAAGCUGCUUGUUGUGGAUUAACAGCAGGUAUGUUAGGACAGUUUGUUGCUAGUCCUACUGAUCUUAUUAAAGUACAGAUGCAAAUGGAAGGCAAAAAUAGGCUCUUGGGAAAUCCAGUCAGAGUAAAAAGUAUGUAUGAUGCAUUUUGUAAAAUAACUGCUGAGGGAGGUGUGCGUGGAUUGUGGAAAGGCUGGAUCCCAAAUGUACAACGAGCUGGUUUAGUCAACAUGGGAGAUUUGGCGACCUAUGACACAAGCAAACAUUUCAUUUUAAGGAAUACUUCAUUGAAGGAUAAUGCUGUAACACACUUUUUAUCAAGUGUAAUGUCAGGAAUUGUAGCUGCUAUAUUAGGUACCCCAGCUGAUGUUGUGAAAACAAGGAUAAUGAAUCAACCAACAAAGCAUGGAAAAGGUAUACUCUAUACAUCCUCUUGGGAUUGUGUAACAAAGACUGUAAAAGCAGAAGGAUUUUGGUCUUUAUAUAAAGGAUUUUUUCCAAUUUGGGCAAGAAUGGCACCUUGGUCUCUGACAUUUUGGUUAUCUUUAGAGCAAAUGCGAAAACAUACUGGAGCUUCAUCUUUCUGAUUUAUUCAUGGAUUUCACUAUUGAAAGGCUUCUCAUGGUAACAGACAAAAUGAUUUUGAAUUUCAGUUAUUUCAUAUAGUGUAACUGGUUACAAAUAAUGUACAACUAUUGUAUAUAAUGUAAACAGCCAUACAUAUAAUCUAACUGAUGAAGCAUCAUACUGCAUAUGAUGUAACUAAGAAAGUAUACAUAUAAAUUUGAAAAAAAUGAAUAGAAAUGGCUUUUCUUAUAAUUUUUCCACUUUAAUUAUUAGAUAUUUAUAAGUUUACAAAUAAACAUUUAAUUAUUAAAGUGGAAAAAUUAUCAGAAAAGCCAUUUCUAUUCCUUUUUUCCAAUAUAUAAUACUGUACCAAGGACUUUCUAUUUCUUAUUCUACUAUAUAAAAUAUAUAUAUAUACUGGCGGCGUUCCAGCAUGGCCACAGCCUAAGGGCUGGGAUGCAUAAAAGAAUAUAUGUAUAUAUAAUAUACAUUUAUAUAUCAUUAUCAUCAUCAUUUAACGUCCACCUCACAUGCUGGCAUGUAUGUAUAUAUACACAUUAUAUACAUAUAUAUAUGUGUGUGUGUGUGUGUGUGUGUGUGUGUCUGUGUCUGUGUCUAUGCAUGUAUAUACACAUAUAUGUGUAUAUAUAUAUAUUUGUAUAUAUUUAUAUAUGUGUAUAUAUAUAUAUAUAUGUGUAUAUGUAUGUGUAUAUAGGCAUGUGUAUAUAUAUGUAUAUAUAUAUAUGUGUGUAUAUAUAUAUAUAUAUGUAUAUAUGUGUGUGUGUGUGUGUAUAUAUAUAUGUAUGUAUACAUAUAUGCAUAUAUAUGUGUGUAUAGAUAUAUGUAAAUGUGUAUAUGUAUUUAUAUAUGUAUGUAUAUUAUGUGUGUGUGUAUAUAUAUAUAUAUAUAUAUAUAUAUAUAUAUAUAUAAAUGAUGAAUAUAUAGUGGUAAAUCAUCCAGGUGGGUGUUAUAUGUGCACUCAGGUAUAGUCCAGAUUCAGGAUAACUCUAUUGAGUAGUAAGGAGCACCUAGAAUUACUCAGGGUAGGCAACCCAACUGUAAUUUAGCCAAUGGGCAAUUCCUGUUCCACUUCACUGGAUUGGUGAAUAAAUUUGGGAGUGUAAAUACUAAACAAUUGCAACAAAUAAUGAGACUUGUACAUUUGCAUAUUUUUUAUUUUAAUUUUAAUUUUUCCUGGUAAUUAUGCAACAUAAUUCUGCAGAAGCAACUUGUCACAAGUUAUAGUUGUGUACAAAACUAGGAGGCUAUCUGAAUUCCAGAACAUGCAAUAAAAUUGUUAGAAAUAUUAGUGAUGCCUGUACUUAUAAUGCUAACAAUCGUGAACUUAGCCUGAAAGAUAAAUAACCAGCUAAGAAGGAUCCUGAAUGCUACAAUUAAACACAAUUACAGGGAAACGAAUGGAGAUGGGUAGUGGCAGUGAGACAACUUUCACAAGACUUAGUGUAACAAUUCCUAAACAUAACAGCAUAGGAGCCCAACACUAUAACCAAAAUAUAAACAAUAGUAGAUCAAGAGAUACAGAAAUUGGGAGGAUGUCUAGUUCUAGUCCCACUAACAUAUGUACAGUUAGUAGGGAAAAAAAUCUUUGUGAUUGUUGAAAAAAUUAAAUUUGUCCCUUAAAUUGCUGGUAUGAGGAAAAACUUAGUAUACCGUUGUAAGAUUAUGUCAGAAAGAAAUUCCUACUUCUAUAUUGGUGCAUGCUUGAGAAACUUCAAGGCAAGACUGGCAAACCAUUUAAAUUUGUUUAAGGAUAGCAUUAGAAUGCAUAACACUAGCUUAAGCAUGUUCAAGUGGUACCUUAAGGAUAGGAAUGCUAGCUUUAGUAUAGCAUGGGGAAAAAAAUAGCAGGCCUGCACCUUAUAUAACAGGAGGAAAAAAGAUGAAACUUGUGCAUAGAGGAAAUUUUCCAGGUUUUUACAUCUUAACAUCAGUUGCUUAAUUGUAAAAGACCUUGAAAUACUUCCAUGCAAGUAAUGGAUAAGUCAGUAUCUGCCACAUAAAUGGGAGGUGCUUGAAUUUAUGGGAUAAAUGUCAGGAUAAUAUCUGAUUUGACUUUCAAGUAGCAGUCAGUAUUCUCAUUAAAUUAAAAUAUCUUUUAUAUAAAACCUAGCAACACAUAUAAUUGUAAACUUGAUUGCACAGAGAAAUUUUCAUAUUAACAUCAUAAAUACCACAUAUAUAUAUAAUUAUAUAAUUAUACCUGAGAGAAUUCAAGUUAUUUUUAUUUAAUCUCAUUUAGUACCUAAUUGUGCAAAACACUGAGAAAUACACCUUGACCUAUUUUAGGGUUUAGGACUCAGUUUUGUCCUUAAACCUAAGGUUGGGACAAGGUUAAACAUGAAGUAAUUUUUAUAGCCAUAUCAACUUUCUUUUGUCUGCCUAAAACCAUAGUAACAUAGCAAAAUAUGUUAGCCAACCGAACCACAUUUGUGGACAGGCCUUGAAUAAAGAAGCAUAGUUGAAAAUAGCUGUUUGCAAAUAUGGCUACAAAUUCUCUAUGCAGCAGAAACAUGUCAGUCAUAGAUAAACCAGUUAUGUUGUAUAAUCAUUUGCAAAAAUAAAAACAUUCAGAUGUA